UAGCAUGAGUCAGCGCAAUCAAACAGCGAGUGUUCCGACUAGGUUGAGAACGUUACUUCAAAGCUACCAAGAUGAUACCUGCAGUUACACUUAACAAUGGAGCAAAGAUGCCAAUAGUGGGUCUGGGCACCUGGAGGUCAGAACCAGGAAAAGUGACUGAGGCCGUGAAAGUCGCCAUAAGUUGUGGCUACAGACACAUAGAUGGCGCUUAUGUGUAUCAGAAUGAAGAAGAAGUUGGAGCUGGAAUCCAUGCAAUGAUUGAUCAAGGAGUGGUAAAGAGGGAAGACCUAUUCGUUGUGAGCAAGGUGAGCUUUAGAGCCAAUAAAAAUGAGUAUAAACCAUUUUAUUAUCUCAGACUGAACUAUGCGGUCUAAAUUUAAUACUGUCUUGAACACAUCUUUUGGCCACUGCAGCCAGGAGAUGAGCUUUUUCCUGUGGAUGAGGAUGGGCAGGUUAUUUCUGACAACAGCAACUUCUUGGACACUUAUGAGGCAAUGGAAAAGCUGGUGGAUGCUGGUUUGGUCAAAGCUAUCGGCAUUUCCAACUUCAACAAAGACCAGAUUGAAGCCUUACUUAACAAGCCUGGCCUCAAGCACAAGCCUGUCAACCACCAGAUUGAGUGCCACCCAUAUCUGACCCAAGAGAAGAUGAUCAACUACUGCCACUCAAAAGGCAUCACAGUGACAGCAUACAGUCCUCUGGGCUCCCCUGACAGACCCUGGGCUUCAUCUGAUGAACCCUCGCUGCUGGAGGAACCUAAGAUCAAGGCCAUUGCUCAAAAGUACAAGAAAACUCCAGCACAGGUUCUGAUUAGGUUCCACAUCGAAAGAAAUGUGGUUGUCAUUCCAAAGUCAGUAACACCCCAUCGUCUCAAGGAGAACUUCCAGCUGUUUGACUUUCAGUUGAGCAAAGAUGACAUGAAGGACAUCCUCAGCUUGAAUAAGGACUGGAGAGGCUUCGCAUUACAGUGGGCUUCAAAGCACAAAGACUUUCCCCUUAAUGCAGAAUACUAAGUUAAUAUGGUUCACCAUGCCUUUUUUAUAUCAGUUUUGCUUGAAUGUUUUCUGCAGAAUUAAAAAAAAAAAAAAAAUCAAUAAAAUGAACAAUGCAA